UGUUCUAUAUCUAGGGUUUCCGUAACCCUCAAUUAUACUUCAAUUCCCUUCUUCGCUCUCUAGGGUUUGCUCCUUUGCUUUCAAACAUCAUGUCAGACCUCAAUACAUUUGAGGUGACGGAGGAUUCUGUAGAAGAUGCUUUUGAUAAGAUUAUAAAACUUAUUUGGGAGAAUGAUUAUGAGCUGUCUAAAGAGAAGCCUAAGACAGUUAUGGGUUCGUGAGGGCCCAGAGCAAACUAAUUUUCUGAAUUUCGUGGAUGUGUGCAAGACAUCACGUCAUGGCUUUCUUGCUGGCUGAACUGGGGGCAAGCGGAUCACUUCAUAAGCAACGGAGGUUAUAUGUGGAUGGAAGAUUUCCUGCAGAGGACUUUGAGGAAAUACUGCGGCGAUAUGCCACUGAAUAUGUCAUUUGCAUUGGGUGCAAAAGUCCAGACACUACACUUUCAGAGGAUAAUUGUCUGUUCUUUCUCCGAUGCGAGAAGUGUGGUGCCGUGCAAUCAGUUUGCUCCUGUCCAGCAAAGGAGCCCGAGCAUCAACAUGGCAGACCUCAGUCUGAAUGAGGGGAAGGACAAGGUGGUCGCCGAUAUUUCCCCCUUCGAUCCUACUGAAAAGAAGAAAAAGAAGAAACAGAAGAAACAGAAGAAACAAGAGCGCGUCGGUGAGGAUGGACCACGACUUGUACUAAAGAUCACUAAUAACUAUCCUUGGCAGCGAAGCAUGCAAGGUUACGCGCUCCAGAUGCUCUAAGAAAAAUUAAUGAUGGCAUUUAAAAUGACCAAAAUUAAUGUUCGAGAAUUUGUGCAAUUCCUUUAAAUUGUACUCCACUGAGUAGGAGAUGAAGCUUUAGACUUUUGUACCUUGUACACGAUUUAAAUAACAAACUUAAAAAUUAUUUUA